AUGGACGAAAACGUCCGACUAAAGGAGCUGGACUGCACAACACUGAAGAAGCUACAGUUCGGACCAGGGCUUCAAGAUCCGUCACUUCGUAAAGUUCGUUUCAGAAUGCUCCUUCGACUAGAUAUGCAUACAGAAGAUGCGCAGUUGACUACAGAAGACUUCGAUGCUGAAUGUGAGAAUUUCACCGUAUUGAAGAUGGACAAUACAAACAUGGAAAGUACUGCAAUUCAGAAGGAUAUGUCCGCUUCCAUCCUCCAGCACUGGACAGAGGAUGCGACAGAAACCGAAAAAAGAAAGACGAUCCGACCGUUGCAAGAGAAGCCACUCGACACAGGCGCAGAUAUAAGAUUGGUAUUACGUCGAACGUGGAAGAAGCUUGGAUCCCCAGCCUUGGAACCCUGUGUCAUGCCAAUCAAGACGGCAGACGGAUUACCGAUGAAGAUGCUAGAUUUGGAUGCUGAAAUUGAUCUGCUGGUUGCCAAAGAAACUUCUCGACAGGAUAAACGAUGCGCUCCUGUUGCACUAGCACCCUUUGCUUGCCGCGGAGGACGUGUUCACGAAGCUGAAUGGGAUUCGUUGCCAGGUUGUGCCCGGACGCCUGGUACUACGUUAGGUCCACGUCAGGUCGUGAAGCGCGUGAGUCGCUCUUGCAGCCGACAUCAAUCCUUGUCCAAUGUUGUAGAUCCUGAUUCUGAUUCUUUUUCUCAAGAACUUUUGCAAGCCCGCGAACAGAUCAACUCUCUCUCUCCAUCUCUUUCCGACUCACAAGCUGCCUACGAGCAGACUGAAGCGCGAAUCACACUUCUUAUGAAAGGAGGCGAAGUGCGCGCAAGCUCUGCUUUCGACACCUCUAGGAACCUCUCAUAA